AUGUCUUACAACCAGCGAGAGACUCCGGUCCUUGCUGAACUCUGCACCUUCCUGGUCGAGGAUGUCUACGGUGAACUCGCGGCUCGGGUCUAUUCGAUCCUCGCGCGCCAUGGACGGCAGAGUCUCGCAUCUAUCGCUCGCGCUUCCUACUUGAACGGGCGACAGAUCAAGUAUGGCCUCGUCAUCCUCCUGCAGCAGCACCUCAUUUUCCACUCCGGCAGCGACACGCCCUUGACUUACUACGAGAUCGACUGGCAAAACUCGUACGCAAUCGUCCGCUUCGGCAAGGUCGUCAAGCUCGUCCAAGACCGCUUCGGCAAGAAGGCCGCGAAUGUCAUGUCCAACCUGCUCGCCCUCGGCCACACACGCAUCGCCGACUUGAAAGAAGCAUAUUUUCCGCCUGAAACCGAAAGCGACGAUGAGUCAGAUGACGGCGCUGCGAACGGAGCCGGCUCCAAGCGGAAGCGAACCAACGGCAAUCACGUCAACGGAACGGCCAAGACGAACGGUGUCGCGAAUGGGAUACCUUCUGAGUUGAAUGAUGCAAAACCGGAUCCCUCAGCACUCACCAACGGCCACGGCAAGACCAACGGCGUGCACAAGCCUUCCAAGGUGGACAGCGUGACCCAUAAUGGCGCUCCAGAGGAACCCGGACAAGAGCAGGACGACAGCGACAUCACCUCCGUUGACGAGCUGUACGAGCUCAUCCAGCUACUGAUUGAGCGCGGGUGGGUCAGGACGGUGACCGAAACACAAUACCUCUCACCAGGUGAUAUGCACGACAUGCUCUACCAAGAGUCCAUAGAGCAGGAUAACGCAGGCAUCACACCUACUGGCACGAAAGAUAAAGAUGUUGUCAAUAGAGGAACUCUGGAACGUAAGCGGGCAAUGCGCGACGAAUGGCUCACGGUUCCGAAGUUUGCGAAGAGCGGCCAGGUGAAUGGUGCCAACAAGCGCGUGAAAAUGAACGGUGCAAAUGGGUACGCGACGCCAUCAUCGGAUGACGAUCUCGUUAUUCGCGUUAACCCGGAGAAGAUUGCAGUCGCCAUGCGGACAGAGCAGCUGGUACACCUUGUAGAGCAACGUCUAGGACCUGUUACUGCACGCGUUUACCAGACCAUGUUGCGCAUGCUAGAGUCCAAGACACCUCGUUGUUGGGAAGAGUGGCCUGAUCCACCCCUACCUGGCGGCGAACCUGGAGAGAACUCAAUCGACCCACGUUUUCUCGUAACAGCGCGCGAUGUCGCAACGAAGCUCAGCCGCGAACGUGAUCUGGACAUAUUCGAGGGUAUCGACCCCAACGCCGCAGUACAAAUCACCCGCAAAGGACACGUGAACCGUACCAACAUCUGGACGCAACCAACGGACCCAGCGAAGCUCAACAUGGAAGAAAAGACCAAAGUUGUAGACAAACACAUCCAGAUGCUCGCCGAAGACCCAUUCCACUUUGUCACCUGGCACUCACGCGCCGGCUUCUCACAAUGGCACAUCGAAUUCGACGAAAUUGCCCGACAGAUGAUCCAAACAGAAGUCGAGAACACAAUCUCAGCCAGGAAAGGCUCGCUAGGCGUGAAGCUAGUUCGAGCGUUGCGCAAAAAGGGCAAACUGGACGAACGCGCCAUGUGCAACGUCAUGAUGAUGUCCGCCGCAGACGUCCGCGGUAUCGUCAACGACCUCACCAUCCAAGGUUUCGUACAAACGCAAGAGAUCCCCAAAGUUGAUAGACGCGAGGCGAAACACUCGUUACAUCUGGUGUGGUACGAUCGACAGCGCGCCCGCGAAAAGUUACUACACGACACAUACAAGGGUAUGGUUCGCAUCCUUCAGCGUAUAGCCUACGAGCGAGAGAAGAUCGAGUUCACGCUCACCAAAGCGGAGCGGUCAGAUGUUGUGGGAAACGAAGAGAAGUGGUUGAGUACGCGUGAAUUGGACGACUUGAGGAAGUGGAAGGAGGUCCAGGAGAAGUUGCUACUCCAGUUGAUGCGCGAAGACGAUCUGGUCGCUACGCUGAGGGAUUUCCAUGGGCCGUUGGUAUCUGCGUGA